AUGCUUGGUCAGGCCUUGUCACAAUCCCCGGUCGGACAGCAUGAUGGGAAACCAGGGCGACUGCGAGCGGCCUGUACCAGCUGCCAUGCGGCCAAGGUCCGUUGCAGUGGCGAGAAGACGGGCUGUGUGCGCUGCCGCAGUCUGGGCCACGAAUGCAUCUACCUUGAAUCGCGAGUGGGAAAGACCAGAGGGCGACGAAAGCGCAGUGCUGGACAGGAACGGGCACACUCGAUCAAUCAGAACUCGGCCCCGGAUCCCGCGUCCAAGAGAAAUUCGCCGUCCCGCAACGAUUCCCGCGAAGCUAUCACUUCUUCCUCGGGUUCUCCAGCCUUCAGCAUUGACACCAAUGACUUUCUGCACCAUGAUCUGUGGGAUAUUCCCCAGCCCGUCUCGGAUCCCAACAUCGCCGGGACGGAAGGGGGGCUGCAGGAGAUGGAACUACUCCAGGAGUAUACUAUGGGGGGCAUGAGCAGCAGUACAAAUUCUGUGGGUAAUGAACCGGGUCCUGACUUAGGUUCAUCGCACGACCGUCACCUGGACUCCGCCAUUGGCUCCUCGGAAGCACCGCAUACAUUUACUCCCUUGGUCCAAAGUCCGCCGUGGCGGUUGGAUGACAGGCAUCGCCUGCCCGGCUGCGACGGCUGGGCUCAGAAAACCAUCUCACGGGAGGCACCGUAUCGCCCGUACGGACGCCAGGGGCUCGUCACAGAUCCGACCUGCAAAGGAGUCAUCCUUGCCGCUGCAGAGAUCCUGGAGCAGCUGGAGGCAAAGGUGCGCGGUGGCCUCACCGCAAUCGAUGAGGUUCUCCGCGUCAACAAGGCCGCCACCCAGGCAAUCAGCGAGCUCAUGAGUCGACGCGAUUACACGUGUAGCGUAGGGGCAUCCAUUGUGAUGCUCGCGGCGGCACAGCAUGCCGUGCAUUUAUUCGAGACGGCCUGCGAGGAACUCUACCCUGCGCUUCUUCAGAAUCAGUGGCCUACCGCGCCCGAUAUUGCGGGAAAACGUCCCAAUUCCGUUGUUCCCGCGCUCUCCUACACGCCUGGGAUCGGCUUCGGGUCCUUUCUCCUCGAUCCGCAGGAGCAGGCGGUUUUAUCGGCGCGGAUUAUAUCUACAGAGUUGCGCCGAAGUCUCCAGAUGCUUCGGUGUCUCUCAUCGUCGCCACGGCCGGAUCACCGCUCCUUCUGUCUAAACAGCUGGACACAAAGUCUGGAAAAAAGAAUACAAUAUCUCAUUUCAGUUGUAGAGAGUAUUUAG